AUGUACUCUCCCCUCUACAUACUCACCAAGCCUCUGAGCAUGAUGCUGGAUCGCCUCCUGGGCAAGGAGGUGCUCACGGUCUAUAGUCGAUCCGAGCUGCUGGAGAUCGAAAUGCUCAAGAUGCAGAUCAAGCUCGGCGGCGCGAACGAGACCGACGGGGAGGCAGCGGAGAAGAUCGCCGAGGGCGCCAUGGCUUUUAGAGACAAGGAGGUCAGAGAGGUGAUGACACCGAUUGAGGACGCAUACUUCCUCUCUGCGGACACCCGCCUCGGGUUCCAGGAGAUAAAAGAGAUAUUCGAGAUGGGAUUCAGCCGAGUUCCUGUGUACCGAAAGGAAAAGAACGAUUACAUUGGCGUGCUACACACGAAAGACCUCAUGUUUGCUGACCCCGAAGACGAGAUGCUGCUAGGUGAUUUCAUUAAUAUUUUCGGGCGCAAGGCGGAUACGUUUUUCCCUGCCGACAAGCUUCCAGAGGUUCUCAAGAAGUUCAAGACUGGUGGCGCUCACCUCGGGAUCGUACGCAGACCUUGCAUAGAAUCGGAUGUGAAUCCCACCUACCACAUCGUUGGCGUAAUUACGUUGGAGGAUGUCAUGGAGGAGAUCAUCCAGGAUGAGAUCAUCGACGAGCACGACGUUUUCGUGGACGUCGACAACCACAUCAGAAUCAAGGGGCGAGACAAGAAGACAGCGGUCCCCCUCGGCUUCUUCGACCCCCGUUGGAGGAAACGCGGCUCGACACCCUCACCGAGGAGGAGGUGCAUGCCGUCAAGCGCCACCUGGGCCGGGGUGUCUUCGGCCCCGGCGGUGGCCUGGAGCUCACAUGCGGGCCUGCGAGUGGCUGGUGCUCACCUCGCGCGUGGAGAACCGGAUCCGGAAGACGCCGAUGCAGAUACAGGUGCCGAAGCCAGAGGACUGGCUGUACCACUGCGGAAAGGAUCGAGCGACCGCUGCCUCCUGGUGCUGCAGGGCCGCCUGACCGCGCUGGCGGGGCGCGAACGGUUCAGGACGGAGAUCGGCGCGUUCUCGGUGGUCGGCCGCAUGGCGCUCGGGACCAGCCCGUACACGUCCGACUUCGACGCCUGGCUCAGCACGGAAAACUCCCGCAUACUGGUGGUGAAGAAGGACGGGUUCCAGAAGGCGCAGGACCUCGACAAGGACCCAGAGGCCCUGGAGCGGGCCAUGGCGAGCCUGAACAGACGCCUCCCCGAAGGAGGCGCGGCAGGGGCACUUCCCGAGCGGCAGACUCACGAAGGCGCUGGCCUGCCCGCUCCCCUUCCUGAGCUGCGUGGGCGGGGGCAACGGCGUCCACCUGAAGGACGACCGGGCCGACGCCGGUUCUGA